CAGAACUAGGGGAAUGCUUCAUGUAUUUAUCACCUGCAAAUUUAGUUCCCCCCAUCCAAAUCACUAAUAACUGUCUGGGACUGUAUAGCAAAUAUUCCUCGUGUGAACCUUCAGGUUUUAAAUAGAUAUUUCUUCAAAAGGUGUUUGUUUUCCAAGAAAAAGGUGGUUUGAAAAGGAAAGACGAUCACGAGCCUUGCGAGAAAGAUGCUGCUUGGCCUGCUGUGUUCAUCCAGCCCUACACUUUGUAAUCUGUGAGACACAUACCCUCUUGGUUUCCUCCUCCUCCCCCCCACCCCGCCAAUUAAUCAGGCCUGUGGGAAAUUUGAAAGCGAAGUAAAAACUUUGCUGCACUGUCGGGGCGUGCCUGUUUGCGUUGUGAUGAGGUUCCGGAAACUGCUCAGGGUAGUGUCUACUCACCGCGGAAUGGUCACGUUUUCUUCCUUUCGAGUCAGGGCUAUACGGAGAGCGCGAGGGUCCUGAGAUACCUUAGCCGUCCCCUGUCUUUUUGAACGAUAUGAUGGCCGUUAUUUAGAGUGAGCCUUCUCGGUUGGUUUCCCCGGUGACCGCCCGCCCGCUCCUGGCUGCGCCAUCUUCUCCCCUCCGCCUGUCCCGGGACUGGACCAUGGCUUCGGUCCGUGCCGCCACCUCCACCUUCUUACUGCUCUUGGUUGUCGUUUCUAAAUGUAGCACAAGAGACAUUGAAACCAUCUAUGGAUUCUUGAAUGAUUUUGUAUCUGUCCCUUUGUCAAAACCCACUGAUGUUUCUGAAAUUGCAUUCAAGCUCAAUAACCGCAAAAUAUUUGAAUGGGAAGACGGCGGUAUUACUUAUUUCGGAGCAUUUUCGCAGAACGUUAAUUUUACAGGCGAGAGUGUUUUGAUACAGAGAUUACAGAAGAACGAUACUGGAAGUUACACACUAGAUUUCAUAUUUUCUAAUGGAACAAUUACAAAAAAAGAAUUCUUCCUAAAAGUACUUGAACCGCUCACAAUUCCAGAAACUAGCUGCAAUGGAAAUGACUCUGUUGUUACUCUCACUUGUGGUAUAAGUAACGAUAAUGCUGAUAUUACCAUCGAAUGGAAGUACCUUGAUAGUCCUGUGGUCUCCAGUGACAACUUUGUCUUAACUGAUGAAAACAGGUCUUUGAUGAUAAACAACCCUCGCAUUUUUCCUGAAGAAUAUAUCUGUAUUGCAAAACAACCAAAAAACAGCAGUCAGAGUGCUCCUGUUCUUCUGCUGAAAUGCUUUGAAACAGGAAAUGGUCGUAACUAUGCUUAUCUGAUAUUGCCUAUAAUUCUUUGUCUUGUGGUUGCUGUCAUUGUCUUCUGGCUGUUCAGAAAGAAGGAUUCAAAAACAGUGACUUACCGGCUUUCCAACAAGCCCCUGUUCCAAGCUCUCACUCGCGCUGCUGCUCAACCAGAAAUGGAAGGCACCAACACUCGAGGUGAACCUAAGAAUAGUGAUGAAGGAGCUGACAAUCCUGUGGAUCUUAAUGGUGCAACGCGUGUAACUUCAGCUGAUACUGAAUAAGAUGGAGAAUGAAAAACCACCUACCAUGAUGGACUGCCACUGUCAGUAAUGCUGGAAUACUUUGUUGCCAACUUCCGGUAAAAGAUGAUUGUGAUGAGAUUAACAACUAAUUUGCAUCUACCUGCCCUACCUCGUGACAAAGAAAUGGACUGACUGCUGCUGUUGCCAAGAUGAUAACCAACCCAUUUCUGUGACAUUCACAAUUAGUGGACGCCUUGUUUUUGGGCCAAAAGAAAUGGAACACUUAUUUCCUUUUGUCAGAUAUUAUUAUCUCUGGCAAGGUCAGUGUUUUAUUUGGUCAACUCUAAUUGCUGAUGACCUUGAUUGGCUGUUGUAGAAGGCAGCUAGGAGUCUCCGCGUGUGGAUUUGAGUUGGGGCAGAUUGGUGAGUGAGAUGGGUUUUUAUAACAAUUGAUUUAUAGCUUUAUGGUCAUCAUAAUUGAGAUCAGAUUUCAAUUCUCUAUUUAUUAAGUGUAGAACUUGAACCCAUCUCCUGAGCAUGAGCCUGGGUCUCUAGGUCAAUUCCAGUGUCAUUGCUACCAUGCCACCAUCUUCUCUCAUAAAAGAAUUAAUGAACUAGAACUGCAUAAAAUAAAUGAACUACCCAAAGUACCAUUUAAAUCAUACAUACCGGAAAGUCUCAACUUCAGUUUCCUGUUUAUGGUGAAUUGAUUUGUUGCAGCAGUGAUCAUGCUAAAAUUAUUUUAAUCGGCCUGAGAAAGCAACAGACGAUUAGAUCUGUGGAUCAGAAGAUACAACAGAGAGAUGUUGACACUCAAAGCAACACUAACGCAAGCACUUCCAGAUGGUGAUGGAUGCGAAUUUAGGAGAUGAGAAACAAACAAGCAGACAUUCAGGCCGUCUUCACCUUGUUAGUUGUGUAGAAAAACUUCAGAAGUGUUUAAUCUCUAUAUUUAUCUUACAUAAAAAAGGCAUUGAGUAUUUUUAAACCAGCAGUAAAAUCUUGGCUACCGAUAUCACGAUAAUGUAUUAUAACCCUGAAUUAUCAACAGAUAUAUUGGGCAUUUAAGAGGAGAAUUUUUUUAAAAUUAAUGUAAGACAUACAAGCCAAAAAUAGAGGGCUAUAUCAAAUCAGUGGCAGGCUGGAAUCUUGUGUGGGUAUGGAAUGUUACACCUGAAGAGUGUCACGAGAACUUCAAAGGGAGAUGCUGUUCAAAAACUGUGAUCUCCUAUAGGAGAUCAGACAGCAUGGGAACAGGCCCUAGUUUGGCCCAUUUGAGGUGAAGAAAGAUAAUUCUCAUUGAAAGACAUUUUUAUUUUACCCUUCUGGGAAUACAUAAGGAAGGUUGCUAAAAACAUCUUGUCAGCAAAACUCCUCGAAGGAAAGUGGACAAAUUAUUUCAACUAACUAUAGAACCUAGAAUCUCUAAUCAACCACCACGGUCAGCACUAUUGGAAUCCCCUACCUUAAUAGUUGCGGCAUUUAACGAUUUCUGUUAUGGACAGGCAAAGACUGAUAAUCUCUUUGACUUUUGGAACUCACCUGAUUUCUAAUCUGUGUAUGUGUCGCAUUUUAUAUUCAUGUCUUAGUAGCUAAUCAACUAACUCUUUCUUAACCUCCAGAACACCCUGUUAAUGUAGCUCCUUUUGAAAACAUAGACAUGUUUUGGCUGGAAAACGUUGCCCACCAGAGGGAGGGAUCCUUCCUAAAUUAACUGUGUUGUGCCCAACCAAGGGACAAGUUGAGUAAAAAAGGAAGCCAUUUCCCCCCCCAUCCCCCAUGUUUGAACAUAACUGGGACCCUCAGCCAGUUAUAACACCAUUUGACAUACUGUACAUCAGCAAUAUAUAAAAGUGAGAGAGGAAUUCUGUUAGCAAUCGUUUCACUUUAGGGUAAUGGGAAGAUGGUCAAGCAAAGUCUAAUGUCCUUCGAGCUAACUCUACAAGCAUUCGGGCAAAACUCCUGUAGAAACAAUAAGACCAGUGCUGGUGGAACUCUACAGGUCUGGCAGCAUCUGUAGAGAAGGAAAUAUGAGGCAGAGAAGGAAAGAAAAAGAAACAAAUCCUGCAGGCCAGAUCCCACUGUCUUAGGGACUUACUACCCAGAUGCUCCAAAAUCCAUGGCUUGUGAUUCAGCCUGUGUAUUCAUGACUCAUUGUGGUAACGUGAUCCUGAGAAAAUGUCACCCUUGGGUGAUUAGACAUUCUGGCUUGACUGAAACUGGCUGGAUUUUUCACUAAGUGUUCCAGCAAUAUUUUUCAAAUACAGAAAUGUUUAGACUUUAGUUCUGCAUUGAGAUCCAUCCCCAUCCUUUUUAAUGCUGGCCUAGCCAAUGAUGCCCACAUCUCAUGAAUGAAUAACAAAAAUGCUCCCUGUUGGUCUCCCAUGUUUUGCUUCCAUAAACUGGAGGUCAUCCAAAGCACCUUUGACCCAAAGACCAUGGCAGGUUCAGUUUCCAAAUCACCCUUGUGUUUGCUGAAUGCUAUUGCUUCUGAAUUAAAUAAAUUCAACUGUAACUUGGAUUUUUAAA